AUGUCUGGUCCAACUGAUGAGACUGCAGGAGACCUGCCUGUGAAAGAUAUAGGUCUGAACCUCUUUGACGUGGGAGAGUUACAAGAAACUUCAGCAACACGGACCAUGAAGUCCCACCAGGUCAUCGUGUCCCGGAUCAGCCGUGAGGAACUGGAAGACAGAUUUUUGCGUUUGCACGAUGAGAACAUUUUACUUAAGCAGCAUGCCCGCAAGCAAGAGGACAAAAUUAAAAGAAUGGCCACCAAGUUAAUACGGCUGGUUAAUGACAAGAAAAGAUGUGAGCGGGCCGGUGGCGGCCCCAAGCGGCUGGGACGAGACGUGGAGCUGGAAGAGAUGAUCGAGCAGCUGCAGGAGAAGGUCCACGAGCUUGAGAGGCAGAACGAAGUCCUCAAACACAGACUCAUUUCAGCCAAGCAGCACCUCCAGGUCCAGGGGGGCAGGCCGGCCCCGUACAGCCACGUGCAGUCUCGAGUCAACACUGGGCGCAGGAAAGCGAGCGACAGUGCAGGCGCCCAGGACGGGCCCAGGAAAGGUAUUAGAUUCCAAGAUGUAGAUGUAGAUCAACCCAUGCUGACAAAAUAUGGCAACAAUUUACUUGAAGAAGCCAGAGGAGAAAUAAGAAAUUUAGAGGAUGUUAUUCAGACACAGAAAGGCCAGAUAGAGGAGUUAGAGCAGUUGACGGAGAUCCUGAAAACUCAGUUGCGGAGAAAAGAAAAUGAAAUUGAGUUAUCUCUUCUUCAACUUCGAGAACAGCAGGCUACAGAUCAAAGGUCAAACAUCCGGGACAAUGUAGAGAUGAUUAAGCUUCAUAAGCAACUGGUGGAGAAAAGCAAUGCGUUAUCAGUCAUGGAAGGAAAAUUCAUUCAGCUGCAAGAGAAGCAGAAAACUCUCCGGAUCAGCCACGACGCCCUGCUGGCCAAUGGCGAUGAGCUGAACAGGCAGCUCAGAGAGCAGCGUGUGAAGUGCAGCCGCCUGGAGAAGCAGCUGCACGCCGUGACGUUCUCCGAGGGGAGGAUCGAAGAGCUGCAAGAUAGAAUUAACGACUUAGAAAAGGAACGGGAACUUUUAAAGGAAAACUAUGAUAAACUUUAUAACAGCGCCUUCAGCACCGCCCGGGAGGAGCAGUGGAGGGGCCAGGAGCAGCAGCUCAAAGUGCAGAUUGCACAACUCGAGACGGCCCUGAAGUCCGACCUGGCCGACAAAGCGGACAUCCUGGACAGGUUAAAGGCCGAAAGAGACCAAAAUGAGAGACUCGUCCAAGAGAACCGAGAGCUGCAAUUGCGCUGCCUGGAGGAAAAGCAACAGCUCGAUGACCUUAAAAACCGCAUGAAGUUUUACAACCAGGAGAGCGACGUGAACGCCGAUGAGCUGAGCGAAGCCCUUCUGCUCGUGAAGGCUCAAAAAUCACAAAGAAAUGGAGAACUUUCCUUUUUAGAGAAAAUAGACACUAAAAGUCAUAAAGAUCUAGAACGCUCCAUGAAGGAGCUGCAAGCAACUCAUGCAGAGACCGUGCAAGAGCUUGAGAAGACAAGGAACAUGCUGAUCAUGCAACAUAAAAUUAAUAAAGAUUACCAGAUGGAAGUUGAGGCAGUGACCCAGAAGAUGGAGAAUUUGCAGCAAGACUAUGAGCUCAAAGUGGAACAGUACGUCCACCUUCUGGACGUCAGGGCUGCGCGCAUCCAGAAACUAGAAGCCCAGCUGAAGGACAUCGCCUAUGGCACCAAGCAGUACAAGCUUAAGCCGGAAGCCCUGCCAGAUGACUCCGCGGAUGAGUUUGAUGACGCCAUUCGCUUGGAGCGGGGCGAGAACCUGUUUGAGAUCCACAUCCACAGGGCCGCCUUCUCUGCGGAAGCGUCGCGGGCGUCCGGGGACCAGGAGCCGCUCACCUUCUGCACCUUCGCCUUCUACGACUUCGAGCUGCAGACCACGCCCCUCGUGCGGGGCCUGCACCCCGAGUACAACUUCACCUCCCAGUACCGCGUCCACGUCAGCGACCUGUUCCUGCACUACCUCCACAGGAGCACCGUCACCCUGGAGGUCCACCGGGCCUACAGCACGGACUACCAAACCAUCGCAGCCUGUCAGCUGCGGUUCCAUGAGAUUCUAGAAAAAAGCGGCCGGAUAUUUGGCACAGCAAGCUUGGUCGGAACUGAGGAAGACGUCCCAAACUUCGGCACAGUGGAAUACUGGUUCCAAUUAAAAGUGCCCGUGGACCAAGCGAUCCGCCUUUACCGGGAGCGGGCGAAGGCUUUGGGGUAUAUGACAUCAAACUUUAAAGGGCCCGCGCAAAGGCAGUGGCUAAGUCAGCCAGCACCCAAAACUGCUCAGCUCGGUUCUACAGAUGGUGCUGAUGGCAACUUAAAUGAACUUCACAUCACAGUGAAAUGUUGCAACCAGCUGCAGGCCCGAGCAAGCCACCUCCAGCCGCACCCAUACGUCGUGUACAAGUUUUUUGAUUUUGCAGACCAUGACACGGCCAUCAUUCCCAGUAGCAAUGAUCCACAGUUUGAUGAUCAUAUGUGUUUCCCAGUGCCGAUGAAUGUGGACUUGGAUCGAUACCUUAAGUCAGAGUCUCUGGGUUUUUAUGUGUUUGAUGAUAGUGAUACCCAGGAGGAUAUGUACAUAGGAAAAGUCAGUGUGCCCCUGAUUUCAUUGGCACAUGACAGGUGCAUCUCAGGAAUAUUUGAGUUAACAGAUCAUAAAAAGCAUCCUGCAGGAACCAUUCAUGUCAUAUUGAAAUGGAAAUUUGCCUACCUCCCACCAAGUGAAUGCAUAACCUCCGAAGACCUAGGAAAUUUCAUACACAAAGAAGAGUCCGAAGUUGUUCCAAGACUACCUCCAACAGCCUCUGUGAGGACGUCGUCUGUAGCACCAACCCCCAAACCGAGACAGCGUUUCACAGCAGUGGAGAAGAAGGUGUCUUUCAUGACCGAUAUCACACCACGUCAGAAUUCUGAGAUGGAGACGUCCCCUCCUUCCGAAGACCGGAAGGACCUCUCACCAGAAAGGGAGAUUGCACCGGAAACAGAUGUUAGUAUGCCACCAGCUUCACAGGUUUUUGAGGCGCCUGGGGAAAGCAUCCUUCAGGGGAGAGAGCACCCGGGGGACCCGCAGCCGGGGAACGGCGGGGACGAGUCCCUGCUGUCCCAGGGCCAGCUCGCACAGCCGAGUACAACUUCUUCCGAAGACGACACAGAAAUCACCGAGGACCUGGAGCCGGAAGAGGAGGAAGACAGUGAUGAGUGUGACAGUGAUGAGUGUAUCAUUCCAGAACCUGUCUCCAAGAAUAUGCCGCAGACAUCGGAAAGGAUCCGGAUCGAGAUCAUCGCUCUGAGCCUCAGCGACUCCCGAGUGACUGCGGACGACACCGUGCAGCGGCUCUUCGUGGAGUUCCGGCUCGGCAGCCUGCCUGCCGAGGAGACGCCCGCGUCCCUCCCCAAGCCCAGGCGAGGCCACUGGGUCCACUACAACCACAGCCACGUGAUCUACGUGGAUAGAGAAAACAACCAAGCGAAAAGAGACAUCUUAAAAGCCAUCCUGCGUGAACCAGAGAUGCCUAACAGGAGCGUCCGCUUCACGGUGGUCAGCGACCCCCCCGAGGAGGAGCAGGACCUGGAGUGUGAGGACAUUGGCCGCGCCCACGUCGACCUGGCCGCCCUGCUGCGGGAAGGGCGGGACCUCGUGGAGCAGAACAUUGCCGUGUGGGACGCCCGAGCGGGGGGCGGCCGAAUCGGCCAGCUCAGGGUGACGGUGGAAGCGCUCCAGGCCCUGCGGUCUGUCCUCCGGCAGGACGGCGCCGGGCGGGAGGCCUGA